UGCUACCAGCUGAUCGAUCAGUCGAUCCACGUCUGACUUACGAUCAGCACACACCACUAAAUGCUGCACUAUCAUCAGCGGAAACACACGCGUAAAGCCGUUAACGCUAGAACGGCCAGUCGAAGGUGUAAACAGCGGAAGUCUCUCUACAGAAUCGAUUUCGAACACUAUGACAAUCACUACUUCGUGCUGCCUAUCCACAACAAGAAUCAAUGGUACCGGGGCUGCAACCGACAGAUCAACCAGGAGUGGAAGCGCAUCCGUGUCGAGAGGUUGAAAACACUCGAGCGCAGCGCAGAGAUGCCACCCAGCCUUAUCAUUGUUAGUGCCCAGAACGAUCGUGUGCAGGUGAUAGCGCUGUGUUCCAUCUCUAAAAUUCCAUCCUGCGCCCGGCGCUGUCUGCUCGAAGUCAUCGCAACGCAGGAGUAUCUGUACUAUCUAAACAUCGAGCACAUCUUUGUGGCGUUGCGAGAUCAGAACGUGUUUCGAACGAAGUUUCGCUUUAGUUUCACACGUACGCUGUCGUACCGGACGUUACUGGAGCGUAACGAACCGAGAGGUGUGUCCAAAUUUAUCCUCUCGGAUGAUCCGCAACAGUGGGUGGUGAAGCAGUACGAAUCGUCCGAAGAGGAGUUGUAUGCACAGCGACAAAAUUGCUACUACUACUAUUACUACAACGAGGAGGAAGAUGACGAUACGUAUCAGGAUUAUUACAGCUGCAAAAAGCGUGUAGCGUAUGAUGGUCCACCACCACCAACCUCAAAUGAGCCGUACCUUGUCGUCCCGAUACAUCGACAUCCCGAGCUGAAGGAACAGUGCGUCCGGUUAAUAAACUCCGAGUGGCCCCGCUCCAGGAUGGCUCGGUUUUGGAGCUUUGAAACAUCAACCGACACUCUGCCGAUCACGUUCGUACUGACGCAGCUAAUUGAUGAAACGGUCACCGUGCUGGGCCACGCGAAAGUUUCCCCCGUACCGGCAGACGAUACUUCCGCGUACGUGGAAUCGGUCGUGGUGGACUAUCGCUAUCGGGGCCGUGGCAUUGGCACGUACCUGAUGGAUGAGAUUGAAAAGUAUUGCAAGGUGGUGAUGAACAUCAACCACAUGUACAUUGCGACCGAUGGGCAGGAAGUGUUUUACGCCAAGCUUGGGUACAUCUUCUGCAAAGCGAUCAACAUCUUCGGCACCCGGUCGACGCGGAACACCGUUAGUAAGAAGCACUGGAUGCGGAAGGUACUUUCCGACUGGGAACCGUACCCGAUGGGGUACGGUGACGAGGUACCGAGUGAUCCGGUCGGAAGCACGGUGGAGGUGGAUGUGGGUCCACCGCAGGAGAAGCUGUGCGUUGAUCAGCUAAUCUGGAACAUUCGCAACAUCGUGUACAACCAGACGAACGUGACGUACCGGAAGAGCAAGAGCGAUGAGAUAGUGUACGAUUUGCUGCUAAACAUGCAUGCCAUUUAG